UAAAGCCAUGUACAACACACACACAGCCCUGUAUAUUGCGCUGAAUGUUCUUGCUCACAUAAACUGCUGAGAAACACUGAGCCAAUGGGGAAAAGGGAGUGAAAGCAUUCACUCAGCAAUAGAGCAGUGCCAGCAAUGGAAUCAGGAUCCUCUGUAGAAUGACUGGAUGUUGUCACCACUCUCGCUGCUCUCUGGCUCUAACCCUGGGUUUAAUCAAGUCUUACAGGUCCUGUAAUGAUGCUUUGCUGUAUGGAUCAGUGCUGAUCCCUGCUCCACUCUAAAGGAAGAAAGAAACACUCAAGAGACUGCUGGAAACCUUUAAGGGUAAAUUUGCCCCGGCUGCCCCUCCAAGGUAUAGACAUAGGAUAUCUGAUGGAUGGACCAGUCAGCUUUGGGGUAACCAUCCCUACAUGAACGGCAGCACCGAGAUGUCCUUGGACAACACCAGAGGCAAGACAAAGGGGAGGGAAGGCGCAACCAAAGAGAAGAAAGGAUCAGUGGGAUAUGGUAUAUAGAGAAAGCACAGGAGUGUACUCCAGAACAUGAACUAAGGCUAAGGUUGCCAAACCCAUCAUCCCAACCAGUGGCAGAUAACACAAAAAACAUAUUCAUUUCCAUUGUUGCUUUUAAUAUUUGAAUGUAAUCCUGCAUGGAAUGUUGGAUCAUAUCCGCGAGGAGUCUUAUAUAGAUUUUAGAUAUACGUUUUCGAACCCCACACAAAGCAAAUAGAUCCAAACACGCUGCCAAGGGAAUGUAGUAGAGGAAAAGCACAAUAAUGGCAUUUUCUCUGGGUCUUGAGCCACCUCAUAAUGCAAUACAGUGAAUCUAAUGGAUAGAAUUCUCAUUUGGAGCAUUCAUCAGUUUUCUCAAAUGAAAGGGCCAACCAGAAAAACUCUUUGUGCUUAGGCUAUCAUUUACGUUACCUAGUGGCCUAACUCGUCAAUGCCUUAAGAAUUAUCUUGAAACAUGGAGACCACAAUUGGUUGGAGCUAUGAACCAGAAAAUGUAACCAUCUAUAUGGUGAAUAAAAACGGCUCCAAUGCCAGUGCUCAGUUCACAGGUGUCCAGCUCAUCCAGUCCUACAAGCCCCUCUUCAUACCUUGCUACACCCUGGUGGUACUGAUUGGGAUUUUUGGAAACUACCUGCUCCUGUAUGUCAUUUGUAGGACCAGGAAGAUGCACAACGUCACCAACUUCUUUAUUGGGAACUUGGCUUUUUCUGACAUGCUGAUGUGUGCCACCUGCGUGCCUUUUACAUUGGCAUAUGCAUUUAACCCGCAAGGAUGGGUUUUUGGGAAGUUUAUGUGCUAUUUUGUAUUCCUGAUGCAGCCAGUGACUGUUUACGUGUCUGUGUUUACCCUGACGGCCAUUGCUGUGGACAGGUACUAUGCAACAGUGCACCCUCUAAAGAAAAGAAUCUCUGUGACCACCUGUGUAUAUGUCUUGGUGGGCAUUUGGCUUUUGUCCUGUGCCCUUGUUGGACCAGCUAUUGCUCAUACAUAUCAUGUGGAGUUCCAACAGGAAGGGUUCACUAUCUGCGAAGAAUUCUGGAUGGGUAAAGAGACAGAAAGGUUGGCCUAUGCUUACAGCACCCUAAUUAUCACAUACAUUCUACCUCUGUCUGCUGUUUCAUUGUCGUACAUCUGCAUCACAGUCAAGCUGAAAAACAGAGUUGUCCCUGGCCACCCCACGCAGAGCCAGGCUGAAUUUGAUAGGCUGCGCAAGAGGAAGAUAUUCAGACUCAUUGUGCUGGUGGUGACAGCUUUUGGCAUAUGCUGGCUGCCGAUCCAUGUUUUCAACAUAAUCCGGGAUAUCGACAUUAAUUUGAUCAACAAGCACUACUUCCUACAUAUCCAGCUUUUUUGUCACUGGUUUGCAAUGAGCUCCUCCUGCUGCAACCCAUUCCUUUAUGCCUGGCUGCAUGACAGGUUCCGCAGUGAGCUAAGAAAAAUGUUCACAUUCAAGCGUAAGAUCAUUCCUACCAACAACUGUGUAGCGGUCAGCGUGAUGCUCUAAGCUAACAUGACACCAAUAAGUAUUGAUCUGGUACUGUGUGUAAGUCAGCAUUCGUGAUCUUCAGUCCUUCCUUAACUAGCAACAAAAAAGGAAGGAGUAUCUGUAUCUGAUUUUACAACAUCCCUUGAGAUUAUUUAACACCAGAAAUUUACAAGAGGACCAUGGAAUUUUUCAACUGCUCUCUUUGUGUUUACAUACAGUUCUAGUUGUAAAAUAAUUGCUCUACAUUAUAUGUUGAUGCUCUGCAUUAUAUGUUCUGCAUUAUAUGUUGGCGCUUUAUCAGUGGGUCACAACAAUAAAUGUCGUUUCCGAACACUGUGAUUGUCUCAUGCUUGGUUAGACGCCCAAGAUAAUAUAUGUAGGCUUGUCUGAGUUGCUGAAAGAAUGACGUCAAGUAAGACUUUAAUAUUGACAUUUAAAAUAGUAUCUAAAGCCCCAGUAAAAUUCAAAGCAAUUCUGUUUGGUACAUUUCCAUCCUUUUUAAGCAUCCUCUGUUCUAUGUCAGCAAUUUCAGUUGGUCCCUUAAAGCUUUGUCCACCAGAAUCAUCAAUAUAACACUAAAACCCUUAUUCUUUGCAUCUCAGCACAUAUACAUAGUCAAUCAUAACCAUUUAGUCUUCUAGUUGGUCCCUCAAAGCUUCCUCGACCAUUGUCAUUAGUAUAGCAAAUCCUUUAUCCCUUGCAGAUCAGCACUCAUGCAUGCGAAAAUGGUUUCUCCAAAAUGUAGAGCAAGCCUAAGCAACAGUAAGGCCAGGGGGUAGGGGAAGCACACUGAAGAAGAAACCUAAAAGCUGAGCCAGAAAGAUCAUCUGGGCAGAAUUGUUAUUAGUGCACUUGGGAAAUUAUGGAGCUGCCCAAGGCAUUGCAAAACAAAAAAUAAUAAUUGCUUCUGGCAUAUAUACAAUAAAUAACAUUUAUAAACCUUAUUUUAGCCUUCAUUGGUAAAUGUGCCCCAUCCUGCCUAGGAAAAAACAGCCACAGAUUCAGCCAUGUAGAGAUUGGACAUAUCUGAUUAUGAGAGUCCAUUAGUACUAAUGACUAAGUACCGCAAUUGUCAAAACAGAAUAGGUUUGUCAAGGAGAAAGCUUUUUGGUGUUGGUACACUCCUGAAAUGUCAGUUACCAAAACAUCUUUUUAUUUAUCCAAUGAAGGGUUUGCGUUUUGAAGUUACCGACUGUGGCUUCAAAUGUGAAAGUAGUAACUGAUAGUAACUGUUUAUAUUCUCUGCUCUACUGGUUCUGACUCCUGAGUAAGUGUAGCUGAUGCAAGCUGAUUGACAGACUUGCAGAUAAACUGACUUCGGCUACAGUGUUUCCGAAUCAGGAGGAAAAAAACAGAAAUAAUUAAAUAAAUACCGCCAUUACAAAUAACUUUGAAUUACUGAAAAAAUUUUGUUAAUUUCUACUGGAAACUUGCCAAAAUUACAAUAUCUUUAAUUAUGCAAAAAAACAGGUGUUUGCUCUUUAAAACAGAGAAAUAAAGCAGAUAGAAAAGACAGCUUUCCCCACCUCUAUGGUUUGCAGAUUCAGGAUUCAGUUAUAACUUAAUUUUAACAGUAUUUAGCAGAAUGGCACCGGGAAGCGUGUUUCCUAAUGGAAUAUCUAUUCAAGAAACCUGAGAUUCAGAAACAUUAGAAUUAUGGGAAGGCUAACUCCCGUAGUGUCCAUUUUAAGCAAAUAAUUCUAUUUUUUUUUUUUUGCUCCAUAAUUAUAAAACUGUGUUUUUUGCUUGAUGGUGACUAGGCUGCAUUAAUCCAUAUGGGUGGCAAAACAUGUGUAAAUGUUUUAAGGUAUGGAGAUCCAAAUUACAGGAACCUUAUUUGGAUUACCCCAGACCCCAACCAUUUAGAUAAUAGAAUCAAUACCUGUAGCUGGAUAAUUUCUAUAUCCUUCCUGGCUUUAUGGUGGAGAAUCUAGAUAUCCACAGAGAAAACUUGGCUCACAAGACACGUAGCAUAACCAAUUAAAAGCCUGGGUAGGACUGUGUAAUUUAGCUAUGUGAAUGGACUCUGGAACUCGAGCUAAGGCAGAACAAAUACAUACAUUCAAUGAAUAAAUUGUAAAAAAAUAACGUUUAUGAAAUCUCUAAUGUAAAAGCAAAUAAAAUAGCACUAAGCCUGUGGAAGUCAAUGGAAUUAAGAAAAUGGAAGAGAUUCAUUUACAACAGUAUACUUAUGUUUUCUAUGUGCAUUGCACCUUCACAAUUACUCCAAAAAAAUAAAGAAAUGCAACCUUUUUAUUUUGUCUUCGUAUUUUACAGAUGAAAAUAUUUAUAGAGUGGUGUAUAAUGGUGUUGCUGUUGUGGGGCUUCAGUAUUUUCAAUAAAGAUAUU